GUAGUGGCAGCGGCGGGUUUCUGGCCGCGUCCCCGUCACAUGAAGCUCGUUUCUCGGCUUGGAGGUACCGACUCACUGCGUCUCCGGACCGAGACUGGUGGUGCCAAGGAGGCGGACCGGAACCCAGCAGUGUGACCGAGGACUUGCCCUCGGGUGCUCUCCGGUGAUGAGAAACGGAAUGGUGCGGCGCCUCCAUCGUGUUUUCGGGUUUCUAUUGGGCGGAUAUUAGCAGCAGCGUCUGCGGGCGCGCAGAGGCGGGGCGCCGGGGACAUGCAGCGCGGCGGCGGCUGCGGUGGCUCGGCUGCAGGUGGAUGUCCGCCGAUGCGCGAUCGAACCCAACGGCGAUAGGUGGGUGGAGGUCCAGCCGAACUAUGCUUCCCGGGGUCGGCGUGUUCGGCACCAGCCUCACCGCCCGGGUGAUCAUCCCGCUGCUGAAGAGCGAGGGCUUCGCCGUCAAAGCGCUGUGGGGCCGCACGCAGGAGGAGGCGGAGGAACUGGCCAAGGAGAUGGACGUGCCCUUCUACACCAACCGCAUCGACGACGUGCUGCUGCACCAGGACGUGGACCUGGUGUGCAUCAACCUGCCGCCGCCUCUCACCAGACAGAUCGCCGUCAAGACGCUGGGAAUAGGGAAGAAUGUGAUUUGUGAUCGAGCUGCCACACCUUUGGAUGCCUUCAGGAUGAUGUCAGCGGCCCAGUACUACCCAAAGUUGCUGAGCAUCAUGGGAAAUGUGCUGAGGUUUCUGCCAGCCUUCGUUCGAAUGAAAGAGCUGCUGGAGGAAGGAUACGUCGGUGAACUGCUGGUCUGUGAGGCACAGGUCCACAGUGGAAGUUUACUGGGGAAGAAGUACAACUGGAGCUGUGACGACCUCAUGGGCGGCGGUGGCCUCCACUCGGUGGGCAGCUACAUCAUCGACCUCUUCACCUUUCUGACUGGACAACGCGCAGCCAAAGUCCACGGCUUCCUGAAGACGUUCGUCAAACAGACCGACCACAUCCGCGGCAUCCGUCAGAUCACCAGCGACGACUUCUGCACCUUCCAGAUGGUCCUGGAGGGCGGCGCCUGCUGCACCGUGACGCUCAACUUCAACGUCCCUGGGGAGUUCAGGCAGGAGGUGAUCGUCGUGGGGACGGUUGGGAGGCUGACGGUCAUGGGGACCGACCUCUACGGGCAGAAGAACAGCGGCGGCCGUGGGAGCGGGCCGGAGCUGCUGCUGAAGGACAGCAUGCCUCUGGAGGAGUCCUCCCUACCUGAGAAGGCUUUCAGUGACAUUCCGGCACCGUAUCUCAUCGGGACAAUCCGCAUGAUCCAGGCCGUCCGGCAGGCGUUUCAAGACCAGGAGGAUCGACGGACAUGGGACGGAAGACCUUUGACCAUGGCGGCCACUUUUGAGGAUUGUCUUUAUGCUCUGUGCGUCGUGGACACCAUCAAGAAGUCCAACCAGUGUGGAGAGUGGCAGAACAUCGUGGUCAUGACGGAGGAGCCGGAGGUCAGUCAGGCGUAUCUGAUCAGCGAGGCCAUGAGACGCAGCCGGAUGUCGCUCUACUGUUAGCCAGGAGGCUGUCCACGGAUCGAACAAGGUUUUCUCCAGCUCCUAACUUAACUCCAGGCUUGUUCCCUCUCAUCUGCUGUUACAGAGAAUCAGAAAACACCUCAGAAGGAAUUAUUUAUAUUCAAGUAUUCUUUUGUGCUGCUGAGUUCCGGUGGACUUCAAGUCUCACAGCAACCGCCAAGCCAGAACAGCAUAAGAAGAAGCUUGUGUGGGACUUCAUUCCAAUAUAACUAAAAGUUUAAAAUUACUGAACAGAGCACCAUCUAGACAACAAAACAGAGUGUUUAUUAUUGAAGGGUUGAUGAGGUUUCAUGACACAGUGUCCUGAUUUUCAGAGGCCACCAGGUGGCACUGUCUGCUGUAAAAUGUUUGGACUUGAACAGCUAAGUCAGUGAAACCUUGCAUCCUUUCUGAACCAAGAGCACCAUCUAGUGGCUUGCUCACUAUUUCAUCCAUCCUGCAGUACUGUUUCACGAUACCUCAUCUACCCAUCACUAGCGUUCAUCAACUUUAUUUACAGUGAGACAGAAAAAGAAGAAAGGUUCAAACCUGAAGAUAAGGUACAAAUGUACAGUGAUUUAAUAGAACCAGCCUCCGUCCCAAGAAGUAAGUUGAGAGCGAUCAAAGGUUUGGGAUCUUCUAUUGGUUCAGAUCUUUCUGUUGGGCGCCCCUGCACCAGAUUCAUUUACCAGGUGGUUCAAUGUCUUUUAGAUUUAUGGGCUCAGUUUUAAUGCCAUUUUAGGCGUUUGAAAAGUCAAAGGAUGACAAAUGCAGGUAAUUCUUAUGAGAAAUCUUGACUCUUGCCAAGUCAUAGUUCAACAGUCCAAGUUGAGGGUUAUAUUUUUUUAGACGUUUCAAAUGUGUCGCAGAACGAACCAAAACUGUAUGUUCAUCUGGGUCCCACGAUUGUUACAGAAUAUUCACUGUGAUAUUCAGUUUAUUUCUUUAGAUAUUUGGAACACACACAACAGAAUCACCGCCAUUUUUCCAUCUGGAAUUCACGAAUCCACAAAAAGGUCUCAACAGAAAUGUUGACUUGUGCAGGGGACAGUUUUUCUUCUUCAUCUUCUUCAUGUGUUUCUGAUAAUUGUCCGGAACGCUUCACCACAUUAGUCAAACUGCUGAAGGACACGACGCCUCCUGAUUCCUGGUGUGAGGACCAGAGGCAACUAGAGAAGCACCGGAUCAGUCCUGUAAAACUGUAAAACCCUGCAUGUCAGCACCCGCCCAGCUUCACCAUUUACCCAGACGUCUUUUAUUCGGCUUCUUCAGCAGCCUCGUUGUGUCGACUACUGAAAACUGUACAUAAGGAAAUAAUAUAUAAAAAGAGACUGCGAUCUGCGAUAAAAGAACAAGUACUGUAUUUUAUUUUGAAAAUGUUUGCGUGUAUUUAUUACUGCUGGAGCUUCAUGAACUGACCUGAAGCAGGUAUAAACUUUCUCAUCGAUGCUGCAGACGACUUUCCCCGACUGUUUCCCUGUUUGGAACGAAGGCCUUCUGUUUGUCCUGCCACCUUUUGCCAAAUUUAAUUUAAGACUGCUGUUGAUGUACAUGCUGCUCCUGUGUGCGACGAGAUCGCUGACGCGUCUUUGGCGCCACCUUCUGUCCGCCUUCGCUACACCCCGCUCUCAGUGGAAACAAGACUUGAGCCAAAUGGAAGUGGGAACUACACGUUCAAUAAAGGUGUACGAAAGCAGCUUUGUGUUGCUUUUACAGUGGACUUAUUUGUGUCAUUAGUUCAUGUUUAAAUAGCUCUGUAACUCGCUAGCGAUCAUCAGUUGUUUUACGGAUUCAGUU